UAAGUGAGACCGAAGAAAAGGGUUGGAAUUUUGGUCAUUGUUGUUGGAUCUUGAAAAGAUGCCAAAAAUUUCAUAUCGUGAUAACAAUGCCGUCUUCAAAUCAAAGCCGCAUGAGUCAAGGUUCUGAUGGUUCUCUCAUGGGUCUUGGUUAUCAAUCAACACCACAGACAGACCUCAAUGACACUAAGGAGACGAAGAAACUUCACCAUUCGUCGGAGAAACUCCACCCUUCGUCGGAGAAACUCCACCAUUCUUUAUAUCUCGCCCUACUGGAUGCGACAUACAGAAGACGGCUAAGGAGAAAGAAAAGGGGGGCUGCUGAGUCAUCAGAGAGCUACACUGCUCAAUUGAUGGAGGUUGGAGGUGAUUUGAAGGAGAGACAUGCUUCGAGGGCUGAGUAUGAGCAAAGAAGGAUGGAAUUCCAAGAACAAAAAUCAAAGCGUGAUCAAGAAAAGUGGGAACUUGAGAAAAAAAGGGAGGGAAGCAACACUAUUUCGGAACAACCUUGAUCUUCUUGAAAAGGACUUGUCGAAGUUGACACCAAGAAUGAGGAAGUUUUACAAAAGUCAUCAAAACAUGCUCCUAGGCUAUGAUCAAGAUGAUCCCAACUCUAUUCCCAACUAUUCAUCCAACGCAAGUCAAACAGGAGGUGGAGAUGGAAGUGGAGGAGGAGAUGAAGGUAGAGGAGGAGAUUACGAGAAUUACUAUUCUCUUCUGGGCGAUUAUUGACAUGUUAUGUGUUUCCUUUUUAUCAUUUCAAGUGUUGUGUGUUAUUUAUAAGCUUUAUCUUUUUCAAGUGUUGUAUGUAAUAUUUAAGCUUUAUCAUUAGCAAGUGUUGUGUGUAACCUAUGAAUUGUACCAUUUGAAUUAUUAUUAUGUCAACUCCUUUAGCUUUAUCAUUUUCAAGUGUUGUGUGUAAACCCAAAUUAGGUCCAUAAUUGUUCGUCGAAAAAAAUUCGGUCUCGGAAUUUAACAAAAUUCUAUAUAAAAA